AUGGAGGAGGAGACUCACAGACACACAAGGGGAGGAGGAGGCACAGGAGGAAGGAGGAGGCACAGGAGGGAGGAGGAGGCACAGGAGGAAGGAGGAGGCACAGGAGGAAGGAGGAGGCACAGGAGGAAGGAGGAGGCACAGGAGGAAGGAGGAGGCACAGGAGGAAGGAGGAGGCACAGGAGGAAGGAGGAGGCACAGGAGGAAGGAGGAGGCACAGGAGGGAGGAGGAGGCACAGGAUCUAG